GAGAGAGAGAGAGAGAGAGAGAGAGAGAGAGAGAGAGAGAGAGCCGUAGAUCCGGGGGGACAGCGCGGGAGAGACGUCCCCCUAUCCCCGCACGGGGUCCCGCUCCCCCCUCCUCCGGCCCUCACCUUGUCCCUGGCAGGAGCCUAACAUGAAAAGCCUCCCGACCCUGGAGGGGGGGCCGUGGCCGAGCCUAUGCAUCAAGGAGGUGAGCUGCCCCAAAAGGCUCAAGAGGAAGACCCUGGAGGGGCCAAGGCGCGUGAACGGCUACAAAAGUUUCAGGGCGGACUUGAAAGUACCGGAGCCCGCGGCCAAUGGACUAAGGGAGCGCACCGAGCGGCUGAUCCCGGCCAAGGGAGCGGCGGUGGCGGCUGCUCCGCCCGAGGAGAGCCCGGAGCUGCUGUUGCUACCGGGGGACCGUAGUGGCCGAGGCUGCGGCGGGGGGGCCCGGGGCGGCGAGGUCUUGGACAUGCGGAAACGCUGCUUCCCCCCGGGGCCUGGCCGAGGUCUGCCCCCAUCGCCCCCGCCGCUGCCCCCGGGCCUGGCGGCUCCGGCCGGUAGCCGGGACGGGCGAGAGGCUCCGCAGACUUUCGGGGACCAGAGCGUGCGUUCCCGGAUCGUGCUGUGCCCUCCGCCCCCUCGCCAGCCCGCGCCGCAACCCCCGCCGCCCCCAGCGCCCCAGCCGCAGCCCCAGCCGCAGCGUCCAGCGGGAAGUUCCUUCUCGUCCAUUUCACACGUAAUUUACAAUAACAAUCCCGAGUCUUCAGCGUCUUCGCCUCGGAAACGACUGGGCGAAACUGCCGGCGUCUCUUCGGAGAUCAAAGCCAUCCAGCAGACUAGGAGGCUGCUGGCGAACGCUCGGGAGAGGACCCGGGUGCAUACCAUCAGUGCCGCCUUCGAGGCGCUGAGGAAGCAGGUUCCCUGCUAUUCUUACGGUCAAAAGUUGUCCAAACUGGCCAUCCUGAGGAUAGCCUGUAACUAUAUCCUUUCCCUGGCCAGGCUGGCUGACCUGGACUACAGCGCUGACCACAGUAACAUGAGCUUCUCUGAAUGUGUGGAACGGUGUACCCGGACCCUGCAAGCCGAAGGCAGGUCCAAGAAGAGGAAGGAGUGAUGAAGGCAUUCUGAGUGGAUUCUCCGCCCCUCCCUCCUAAGGAGCCUCUCCAGCCUAGGCCAAGGGCAGAGAUGACCCUGACCCGGUGCCACCCACCUGUAGUUCGCAGCCUCCAAACAGCCUCUGCUCCUCUGGGAUGACCAUCCGUGCUUAAACUGUCAAUCAACUGCACAGAGAGAGAUCAUGGAACGAUCUCACUUUGCCCUCUUUUCUCUUCCUUCCCUGACUUCAUCCAAGCCCCACUGGUCCUGUUCGAUGCGAUUGAAUGUGUUCCCUUCUCCCUUCCCUUUCUGGGGGGUGGGGGGUGGGGGGUGGGACAGAGGACAGUAGGGGGUUUCCCUCUGUCCAGCGUCCCUUUGCCAUUGCCAAAGAUUUGACCGGCUUUUAUCUGUUUGAAUGUCACUUGGCUAGUUUUUGUUUGGAAACAUCCCCACCCCACAGCCCACCUCAAGUCAAAGAAAAGUGAGGCAUUCCAUCUGGAUCCCACAGAAAGAGCCAGCUCCUGGGAACGGACAGAUUCUGAGCUCAAGAUGCUCCUCCUCUGGGUCCUCUUUGGCUCCCAAGUUCCCAGCACCCUGGCUGGGCUACAAACAAGCAUUCCCAAAUGGAGACCCACAGAGUUGGGUGUGACCAGGACAGUCAGAAGGUGGAGGAUUUGAUCCUGUCCUCUGCCACACACACACACACACACACACACACACACACACACACACACACACACACACACACACACACCCUCCAAUUUACCCUAAGCUCAGUCUUAUAGCUCAGUGAGCAGUCCCCUAUACCUCUAUGGGGUUGGGAAGCUGUGGCUUGAGUUUCUUUACCCACUUGGGGGGAGUAGGAGACUGAGGGCUUGGAAGAGGGGAUUUUUUUACUUUCUUUUAGUCAAACUAAGACAUGUGGAAUGCCUCCUAGGAUCUUCUUGUGGCCAACAAGAGAGGAGCAAAAGUAUUGUUUUUUUAUUUUCAGGGAGGUGGGGAUGGGUGUGUGUGGGGGGGGAGACAGGGGGCUCAUUCAUUCCAGAUCCUACAAGCAGAAAGACAGACUGAAUGCCUGACUUGGGGAAAAGAUGUGGGGGAAGUAGGCUAGCCUGGAGAAUAGGGCUAGCCUGGGGAGAGGGGCUAGCCUGGGGAGGAGCUCCUGUGGCUUCUUCCAGACCUCCUCCUGCUCUAAUGGCCAAAGCAUUUUAUUUCUGUGCUUUACUGUUUGCUUCAAAUUGAAGUCAAAACCAAAACCAAACAAACAAAACUAUAUGGAGAAACACACUUGCCUAGACCGAGUGGAUUUUGUGGUGGAUGCAGAUUUGUAUUGUUGAAAUGAUAACAAUUAACGAAAAUAUAGCAUUUGAAAAUAAAAAAGUACAUCACUCACA